CAUCAUGAACCAGGUUUAAAUCGAUCAUUUGACGAAGCUUAUAAAUUGAUGGGCAAGCUUGACAGAGAACGAAAUGUAGCAAAAAAUAAUGAUGCUAGAAAUUUACUUGAUGAAAAAUUACCAAACUGGUUUUUACUCUACGGUGAAAAGAUUGAUUUUAUUCGUGAACCAUUUUUUCAACAAUUACUGAUAGCUGCAUGUCUUAGUUCAGUACGAGAACUACUUCGACGAACACGUAUUCGUGUUUCACUCAAUAAAGCUCGCAAUAUGUUUGGUAUUAUAGAUGAGUAUAAUGUGUUAAAACCGGAUGAAGUUUUUAUUCAAUACACUCGACUUAAUGAUCAUGAAGAUAAAGAGAACAAUGACAAAUGUCAAAAUACCCGAAUUCUUAGCAACUGUAAAGUUGUUAUUACAAAAAAUCCUUGUCAUCAUCCGGGCGAUAUACAAACAUUUACUGCUGUCAAUCGUGAAGAGUUAAAACAUCUCAAAGAUGUUAUUGUCUUUUCUCAACCAGGUGAUUGC